CGUACAAAACAAACAUUAUUUUGUAAGCAGGCUUGCACAGGGGCCGCAGGAAACAUCUCGACGAGCUGCUGUUCUGCUUGCCGCCCUCCAGCGCCGACUACACAAACUGCCUGAAAUCCGGUGCGGAGUCCUGGAUCCAAUGCAUAGAGCUUAGUCGGCUGUCGAGGGGUCGGACACGGGACCUUCGAGCCGGCGCGUCGUGCAGCGCCCCUGCCGGCGAGCCUCAGUGUUGCCUUGGCGUGGGCGGCAGCUCGGCGGCACGUCAUGUCGGAGGCGGGUGGCGGCGGGGCGGGGCCCGGGGGGUUGGAGGCGGGCACCAGCACGGAGGCCGACCUGCAGCUGGCGGGGAUGAGCACAGGCGUGUUGGUGCUGCUGGCGGCGCUGUGGAGCCUGUUCGGGCACCAGCUCAGCGCGCGCUCCCGCUACCUGAACGAGUCCGGCACCGCCUGCCUGCUGGGGCUGGCGGCGGGGGUGGGGCUGCUGGCCUGCCGCAACCGCGCCACCGCGGGCCUGGUGGACGGGCUGCUGCGCUUCAACAGCGCCGCGUUCUUCACCUACCUGCUCCCUCCCGUCAUCUUCUACGCGGGGUUGUCAGUGGAGCGGCGGCUGUUCUUCUCCAACCUGCCCUCCAUCCUCAGUUUCGGUGUGCUGGGCACGUUCGUGUCGUUCGUGCUGAUCAGUGCGGCGCUGUACAGCCUGGCUGGCACCACCUUCGGACUCACGGCGCAGGACUGCCUGGCGCUGGGUGCGGUGUUUGCCGCCACCGACUCGGUGGCUGUGCUGGGGCUGCUCAGCCCGCGCUCGCAGCCGCAGCUGUUCAGCCUGGUGUUCGGGGAGGGCAUCGUCAACGACGCCACCAGUGUGGUGCUGCUGGGGGCGCUGCAGCGGGUGGCGAGGCACAGGUCGGGUGAUGCGGGCGAGUCGGUGCUGCUGCUGGCGUGGCGCCUGCUCACCAGCUUCAUCUACCUGCUGGCCACCAGCACCUGCCUGGGUGUGGCGGCGGGCGCGGGCGUGGCGGCACUGCUGCGGAGCCGCAUCGCCACACAGGGCGCACACCACGAGGUGGCGCUGGUGGGCCUGCUGUCGUACCUGGCCUACCUAGGCGCCGAGGUGCUGGGCCUCUCAUCCAUCCUCACUCUUUUCUGCUGCGGCGCCGCCGUGUCACACUUUGCGCUGCGCGGCACGCCCGCCGCCGCCGCCGCCGAGGCCAGCCGCCACGGCAGCUCCAAUCACCUGCUUGCACUGGCGGGCGAUGGAAGCAGUACGGACAAUGGCGGCGGCGGCGGCACGGCAGCGGCGGCGGCGGGGUCACCUGCCGGGGGCCCGAGGACGGAGCACGGGCGUGUGGAGGACGUGUCUUUGAGAGGAGGCAUAGCCAGCGCACCCAGCGGCUCCAAGCCGGCUGUAGCAGGCACGGCAGGCGCGAGCGCGGGCGGAGUGGCUGUAGCAGGACAGGGCAGUAGCGGCAGUGGUGACCUUGAUCCACUGCCCUCCAUUGACAGCGACUGGAUGCGGUCGCGCAACAGCCACGGUGGCGGCGGCGUCGCCGCCGCCGCGGCUUCCGGAGGUCACGACGCCAACCACCACAACCACCAUCACGACGGCAGUGACGGCGGCGCCGACGGCGAGCGCAGCCGACUGUUGCAAGCCCUGGCGGCGCCGGCGCAGCGGCUGGCGGCGCGGGCUUUUGGCGGUGCCGUCGUCGUCGGCGGCGGUGGCGGGGUCACUAACAGCUGCAUGAGUCAUUCCGGCGCGGCGGCGACGCUGGCUGCGUUUCAUUCUCUUGCCUACGUGUCUGAGGGCUUGAUAUUCAUCUACGUGGGCAUGGAUUCACUGGACCCACUGCGUUGGGCGGCCUCUUACCCCGGCGAGGUCAUUUGGCUGGUGGGGGUGCUGCUGCUGUUCCUGCUGGCCGCCCGCGCCGCCUCCGUUGUGCCGCUGUCCAUGCUGCACAACCUGUACGCGCCUGAGCGGCAGCGGCUGAGCGGCAGGGACAUGCUCAUCAUCUGGUGGUCUGGCCUCAUGCGCGGCGCCGUGUCAGUGGCACUGGUCUACCUCAACUUCGACACCGGAGACGGCUCGCCCGCGCCCACCGCAUCAGUCAUCGUGCCGCGCCGCCCCGGCGGCGGCGUGGCCGCCGCCAGCGGAGCCGCCGCCGCCGCCGCGGCAGCCGCCGCCGGCGCCCUCCGCCGCCACGUCAACGUCACCGCCGCCCCUGCCUCUUCCGGCAGCGACCACCACCACCACCACCUGCUUCGCCGCAUGAGUCGGAGCAUGCUGGCGGCGGCAGCGGAAGCCGCCGCCGCCGCCAGUGGCGGCGGCGCAUCCCCGCCGCCGCCAACCGCCGCCCUGGGCGACGCUGAGGCGGCGGUGGCGGGCGGCCUAACCGUCGCCUCUACCUCUGUGGAUCCUUUAACCGCCACUGCAUCGGUAGCGGCGGCGAUGGCGGAGGAGCGGUGGAUGAGCGAGCGGCAGCACGCCACGUUGAUUGUGUCGACGCUGCUGUGUGUGGUGAUGACGGUGCUGGUGGUGGCGACGCUGACCAAGCCGCUGCUGCAGGCGGCCCUGGAGGCGGACCCGCGCAAGCCGCCGCUGAGGGUGCUGCGCGAGGCGCUGUUUGACCCCUGGGUGGACGCCACCUGGCACCUGCAGCGGCUGCAGGCCACCCUGGACAGGUCCUACCGCCGUCUGGUGGACGUGAGUGUGGGCGGCGGCGGCGGAUUCGGUAGCAGCAGCGGUGGCGGAUUCCACAUCGGCGGAUUCCAUAUUGGCGGCUACGGCAGCGCCAGGACACACGAGCAAGAACAGGAGCAGGCCGGCAAGCAGGGUGCAGCCGCCGCCGCCGGCGCCGCUGGCAGCAGCAGCCGACUCACGCCGCCGCCGUCGCCGCCGCAGUCAGCCAUCCGGGGUCGCGGUGGGACCACCACCAUCCCCAUGGCUAUGCUGGGUGGCGGCGGCGGCGGUGCGGCUGGCGGCGGCGGGGCUGCUGGGGCGGCGGCUGGUGCGCCAUCGGGGUCUGCGGCCGCCGCCAGCUUGCUGCAGCCCCGUGCGUCCAGGCCGACGCCGUCAGGCAGCGACGGCGCGGCCGGCGGCGGCGGCGGCGGCGCAGGGUUAAGUGCCAACGGCAGCGGCGGCGUGCGGCUGGUCGGUGGCGGCGGCAGCGGCAGUAGGGAGGAGCGGGCGGGGUCGUCAGGGCGGCAGCAGGGCGAUGGGGCCGGCGGCAGCAUCGGCAUCAGCACCAGCAUUGCAAGGGCCGGCGCCGCCGCCGCUGCGGCGGCGAUUGGCGGGGCUGGCGGCGGCGGCGGGAGCGAUGGGGCGGUGGGGCCGCGGCUGCGGGCCGCUAGCGCUCUGGGCCAGUCGUCAUCGACAGUGACUGUGGCGAGGCGGGCAGUGGGGCCGGGUGGAGGUGGUGGUGGAGGCGGCGGUGGGUUGCCGCGCGGCGCCUCGUCGCCCGGGGAAGGCGCUAGCAGUGACGCGGAGCGUGGAGAUGUAUGAGUGUAUGGGUGUAUGUGGGCGGGGAUAGAAGUGCGGGGUUGCGGGUGCUGUGUUGUAUGUAGGCCAGGCAGAGCUGAGAGACAGGAGCGGAUGGCCUGUGCGGAGCACGUGUGGUGCAUGCGCCGGUGUGGGGCAGGGGAGGUGCGGGCCUGCGUGCGUGCGGCGAUUGGCUGAGUUCUCGUCGCGCACACAUCUGGGCCGGCAGUUGGCUAUGGACACAACUUUACGUGCAGGCGGUACAGCCUGGCUGGCGUGAGGCCCGUGUUGCACGUACGAGUACAACUGUGGACAGGUGGUGUGGCGCUGCAGCGGUGGCCUGCGCGCUGACACGCGCGUACGAUA